GCGCACUUUAUACUCUGGUCCAACGACGAGCAGAGCAACGGUUCAAACUUUUCAAAGACAGUUCAUGCAGCUCAGAUAAUGCCGGGAAGUGCAGUUAUAAAAAAUCAUCAUAUUGGACUGCAGAGACUGUCGGCGCUGGCUGCAAUGGUACGUUCCUCUGUGGGCCCCAAUAAACAAUACAAGUUUAUUCAAGAUGACACAAGUGGGGAGUCGGCACUCGUGUGCUCGUGUUUUCGCAUCAUCGAGAACCUGGAGCCCACAUGUGCAGUGGGUCAGCUGGUUUUUGAGACCAUUCAAGCCCACCAUAAGAUCUAUCGCUCGGGAUCGGGAUGCCUGCUGUUCCUCGCAGGAGCGUGGAGCCGUGCUGCGCUGGGUUGUCUCCAGAAAGGGAUUUCAGUUGGGCAGAUAAUCUCAUUUAUGUCUGAGGGGAUGGAUGUUUGCAUAGAUGUUUGCAAGAAGUCCUCAGUUUUAUUGGAUCUUGCUGUAAAAGGGAGACAUGCUGCCACACCUCAUGCUUUAGGACUUCAGCGGUCAGAGGGAACCAUCACUGGAGCCCCUCAGGUCUCCUGCCAUGUUCAAGAGUCUGAUCACAAGACUCUUAACACAAGUCAGCAAAGGAAAACAAAGCUCAGCAGACAUUUUUGUGAAACCAAGUCUAAAAUUGUUCCCACAGCACUGCACCUCCGUCAGCCUGACGGUCCCGGAGUUACUCAUGUGGCUCAGACGUUGAGCCACGGUUGUGAUAGCUCCAUGAAAUUAGUCGUUGAGGCCGUCCAGAUGCAGUCAAAGACAAAUGAAGAGACGGUCAGUCCCACGUUUGACAUUUCAAAAGUGAUGACUUGUGUGCUGCCCGGCUUAUCAGAGGAACACGCCUGCGUUCUUCAAGGCUGCGUUGUUCUUUUGUCUCACCAGCAGACUUCAGUUGCUCAUCAGAUAAAAGAGAAACUCCUGAAGGUCGCUCUUAUCAAUGGAGAUCUAGCUCAUACCUACCGCCACCUUGGCUUCAAAAAGCCCCCGGGUGUACGACGUGUGAGGGAACAGCUGCCUUCGACGAGUUCGAGCAAAGAGGACGAAUGGUUGGACAUGGUUGUGGGAGUCUUCUUGAACCUGGAAGUGAACCUGGUCCUGACCACAGGUCUCGCCUGUGAGCAGCUGAUCCAGCGCUGUUGUGCACGUCGCAUACUUGUGGUGGAAAAAGUCAGCUCCUCCGUUUUAGGAAUAAUCUCCGGUUCGUUUGGAGCUGUUCCCGUGACUUACGCCACGCAGCUGAGUAAGCGCUGCGUUGGCACCGGGGUGCAGGUCUUCAUCUGGAGGGACCUCAGCAGCUAUGAAAGGGGUUCUGCAACAGCUGUGAAUGUUUCCACUGGCCGGGGCGUCGGCCUGGUCACAGCGGUCAUCACAAGUUGUAUACACGGUAAUCUGCGGGCGCUGGAGGACCAGUUCUGGGCCUGCGCUUACCGUCUGCACCAUGCACUGAAAGACGGAGUCCUCCUGCCUGGCGCUGGGGGCGCAGAGACUCUUUGUAUUCACCACCUGCAAAAAGAAGCAGAGCGUCACGUAGAGGAGGGUUCUGACCGUGUUCAACGAACCAAAACAGCUGCUAAUAUCUACAGAGGUGACGUGUUACGACUGAUGGCAGACGGUUUCAUGGAAUGGAUAACCGCCAUGAUGGUUAACGCUGGGCGGUUCUCGCCAGUUGAAGCCAGGACUGCUGUGAGCCGGCAGCUGCAGGAUUUUCACAGAGAUCAAAUCAUCGGAGGGAAGUUCUCUCAACUCGCCUCGGAGAGUGAAAGAGAGGCCUCUGCUCUUUCCUCUGCAAUAAAACCAGAUGAAGCACUGGCAGCGAUAAUCUAUGAUAAUCUGAGCGUGAAGCUGGAAGCAUGGAGGAAAGCUUUAGACCUCGUCUUUCUGGUUUUACAGACCGACGCAGAGAUCAUCACAGGGACAGCACACGAUGGUGAAGAACAUCUCAUGCUGUUAUGA